AUGAGAUCUCUGCUUUGUCUCUAUACGUUUGGCAUCAUUUGCCUUACAAAUGCCGCUUUGGCCAAUAGCAGGGACGAAAAUGAUGUUUUCGGUACAUCAAGCUCUCCUAUGGUUGCGUCAAGUACUUAUCCCGCUGCUCUUUCUGCUUCACACAAAGACAGCUGGAUCCAAGAUUUCGAGGAUUUCUUGGGCCAAUCAUCUUUUUCCGCUCAAACAAUGUCGAGUAAAGUAGCGCCUCUUAACUCUAAAGUCACAAGUUAUAGGUUUAGUCAAGAGGGUGACGACUUGCGGGCUUGGACAAAGUAUCUUGUAGAGUCGCACAAAAGCCGAAUCCCAGACAGUGAUGCUACCCAAGCAGCGUCCACCGACAUUGAUAUUGAUGCAUUUAUUGACUAUCUCAUUAGGUACAAAAACUUUCGUGCAAAGGACUUACAGUUCUUGAGGAGACCCGAGCUUGAUUACGGACAGGAACAAAUCGAGCGGGAGCUUACGAAGAUCAAACAGAAACAAGAGGAGGAGGAUUCUAAAACAAUCGACAUUGGUGGCGAGGCCAUCGAAGGCAUGGCGCUGCGCCUAAACUACUCUUUCUGUGCCAUUGCAGGUUUCGGAUUUUUUCUUUUGCUAUAA